AUGAUCACAGACGUCAUAUACAUGUUAGGGGCCGGAGGAGGUAGUAUGAUCACAGACGUCAUAUGCGUGUUAGGGACCGGAGGAGGUAGUAUGAUCACAGACGUCAUAUACAUGUUAGGGGCCGGAAGAGGUAGUAUGAUCACAGACGUCAUAUACAUGUUAGGGACCGGAAGAGGUAGUAUGAUCACAAACGUCAUAUACAUGUCAGGGGCCAGAAGAGGUAGUAUGAUCACAGACGUCAUAUACAUGUUAGGGGCCGGAGGAGGUAGUAUGAUCACAGACGUCAAAUGCGUGUUAGGGACCGGAGGAGGUAGUAUGAUCACAGACGUCAUAUACAUGUUAGGGGCCGGAAGAGGUAGUAUGAUCACAGACGUCAUAUACAUGAUAGGGGCCGGAGGAGGUAGUAUGGUCACAAACGUCAUAUACAUGUUAGGGGCCGGAAGAGGUAGUAUGAUCACAGACGUCAUAUACGUGUUAGGGGCCGGAGGAGGUAGUAUGAUCACAGACGUCAUAUGCGUGUUAGGGACCGGAGGAGGUAGUAUGAUCACAGACGUCAUAUACAUGUUAGGGGCUGGAGGAGGUAGUAUGAUCACAGACGUCAAAUGCGUGUUAGGGACCGGAGGAGGUAGUAUGAUCACAGACGUCAUAUACAUGUUAGGGGCUGGAGGAGGUAGUAUGAUCACAGACGUCAUAUACAUGUUAGGGGCUGGAGGAGGUAGUAUGAUCACAGACGUCAUAUGCGUGUUAGGGACCGGAGGAGGUAGUAUGAUCAAAGACGUCAUAUACAUGUUAGGGGCCGGAGGAGGUAGUAUGAUCACAGACGUCAAAUGCGUGUUAGGGACCGGAGGAGGUAGUAUGAUCACAGACGUCAUAUACAUGUUAGGGGCUGGAGGAGGUAGUAUGAUCACAAACGUCAUAUACAUGUUAGGGGCCGGAAGAGGUAGUAUGAUCACAGACGUCAUAUACGUGAUAGGGGCCGGAGGAGGUAGUAUGGUCACAAACGUCAUAUACAUGUUAGGGGCCGGAAGAGGUAGUAUGAUCACAGACGUCAUAUACAUGUUAGGGGCUGGAGGAGGUAGUAUGAUCACAGACGUCAAAUGCGUGUUAGGGACCGGAGGAGGUAGUAUGAUCACAGACGUCAUAUACAUGUUUGGGGCUGGAGGAGGUAGUAUGAUCACAGACGUCAUAUACAUGUUAGGGGCCGGAGGAGGUAGUAUGAUCACAGACGUCAUAUACGUGUUAGGGGCUGGAGGAGGUAGUAUGAUCACAGACGUCAAAUGCGUGUUAGGGACCGGAGGAGGUAGUAUGAUCACAGACGUCAUAUACAUGUUAGGGGCUGGAGGAGGUAGUAUGAUCACAAACGUCAUAUACAUGUUAGGGGCCGGAAGAGGUAGUAUGAUCACAGACGUCAUAUACAUGUUAGGGGCCGGAGGAGGUAGUAUGAUCACAGACGUCAUAUACAUGUUAGGGGCCGGAAGAGGUAGUAUGAUCACAGACGUCAUAUACAUGAUAGGGGCCGGAGGAGGUAGUAUGGUCACAAACGUCAUAUACAUGUUAGGGGCCGGAAGAGGUAGUAUGAUCACAGACGUCAUAUACGUGUUAGGGGCCGGAGGAGGUAGUAUGUUCACAGACGUCAAAUGCGUGUUAGGGACCGGAGGAGGUAGUAUGAUCACAGACGUCAUAUACAUGUUAGGGGCUGGAGGAGGUAGUAUGAUCACAGACGUCAAAUGCGUGUUAGGGACCGGUGGAGGUAGUAUGAUCACAGACGUCAUAUACAUGUUUGGGGCUGGAGGAGGUAGUAUGAUCACAGACGUCAUAUACAUGAUAGGGGCCGGAGGAGGUAGUAUGGUCACAAACGUCAUAUACAUGUUAGGGGUCGGAAGAGGUAGUAUGAUCACAGACGUCAUAUACGUGUUAGGGGCCGGAGGAGGUAGUAUGUUCACAGACGUCAAAUGCGUGUUAGGGACCGGAGGAGGUAGUAUGAUCACAGACGUCAUAUACAUGUUAGGGGCUGGAGGAGGUAGUAUGAUCACAGACGUCAAAUGCGUGUUAGGGACCGGAGGAGGUAGUAUGAUCACAGACGUCAUAUACAUGUUUGGGGCUGGAGGAGGUAGUAUGAUCACAGACGUCAUAUACAUGUUAGGGGCCGGAGGAGGUAGUAUGAUCACAGACGUCAUAUACGUGUUAGGGGCUGGAGGAGGUAGUAUGAUCACAGACGUCAUAUGCGUGUUAGGGACCGGAGGAGGUAGUAUGAUCAAAGACGUCAUAUACAUGUUAGGGGCUGGAGGAGGUAGUAUGAUCACAGACGUCAAAUGCGUGUUAGGGACCGGAGGAGGUAGUAUGAUCACAGACGUCAUAUACAUGUUUGGGGCUGGAGGAGGUAGUAUGAUCACAGACGUCACAUACAUGUUAGGGGCCGGAUGA